AUGAGCGGGGGCGUCUACGGCGGAGAUGAGGUGGGGGCGCUGGUCUUUGACAUUGGCUCCUUCUCAGUCCGCGCUGGGUACGCUGGGGAGGACUGCCCCAAGGCUGACUUUCCCACCACAGUGGGGCUGCUGGCCGCGGAGGAGGGGGGCGGGCUGGAGUUGGAGGGGGAGAAGGAGAAGAAAGGGAAGAUCUUUCACAUCGACACCAAUGCCCUCCACGUGCCUCGGGAUGGAGCAGAGGUCAUGUCACCCCUCAAGAAUGGCAUGAUCGAGGACUGGGAGUGCUUCCGUGCGAUCCUGGAUCACACCUACAGCAAACACGUCAAGUCUGAGCCAAAUCUACACCCAGUGCUCAUGUCCGAGGCCCCGUGGAACACACGGGCCAAGCGGGAGAAGCUGACGGAGCUGAUGUUCGAGCAGUACAACAUUCCUGCCUUCUUCUUGUGCAAGACAGCUGUGCUUACUGCCUUUGCAAAUGGACGCUCCACAGGUCUGGUGCUGGACAGUGGGGCCACCCACACCACGGCCAUUCCAGUGCACGAUGGCUACGUCCUGCAGCAAGGCAUUGUCAAGUCACCCCUGGCAGGGGACUUCAUCUCCAUGCAGUGCCGAGAGCUCUUCCAGGAAAUGGCAAUUGAUAUCAUCCCGCCUUACAUGAUCGCAGCCAAGGAGCCCGUACGGGAGGGCGCCCCCCCAAACUGGAAGAAGAAGGAGAAGUUACCCCAGGUUUCCAAGUCCUGGCAUAACUACAUGUGCAAUGAGGUGAUCCAGGACUUCCAGGCCUCCGUGCUGCAGGUCUCGGACUCCCCCUAUGAUGAGCAGGUGGCUGCGCAGAUGCCCACAGUGCACUACGAGAUGCCCAACGGCUACAACACAGACUAUGGUGCGGAGCGACUCCGCAUCCCUGAGGGCCUGUUUGAUCCCUCCAAUGUCAAGGGCCUUUCGGGGAACACCAUGCUAGGUGUGGGCCACGUGGUGACCACCAGCAUCGGCAUGUGCGACAUUGACAUUCGCCCGGGCCUGUACGGCAGUGUCAUUGUCACUGGUGGGAACACGCUGCUCCAAGGCUUCACUGACAGGCUCAAUCGAGAGCUUUCCCAGAAGACUCCACCGAGCAUGAGACUGAAGCUCAUCGCCAGCAACAGCACCAUGGAGCGCAAGUUCAGCCCCUGGAUCGGGGGCUCCAUCCUGGCCUCACUGGGCACUUUCCAGCAAAUGUGGAUCUCCAAGCAGGAAUAUGAGGAGGGCGGGAAGCAGUGUGUGGAGCGGAAGUGCCCCUGAGGGCGCCCGCUCCCCGUCCACAGGCCCGCCUGCAGCGGUGGGGGAGGGAACGCGAACGCAAGGAGAUGGUUUCCCCCACCUCUGCUCCGCCAGCGCAGACCGAAGCCCCCAACGCUCCCAGCGCCCGCUUUUCUUCCCUUCCCCACUCGUCCUCUUAGAUUGUGAUGUUUCUGGGUUGAAAGGAGU